UGGGCCCAAUAGCUCUCUGACAUCUCAGGCCCCGGUUCCUGCUGCCCUUCAGUCAUGGCGCUGGUCUGGGCCGUGGUCCUCCUGAACUCCCUCCCCCUGCUCCUCGCUCAGCCCCCGACCUGUGAGAACCUGCAGGUGACGGCCCUAAGCGAUGCCAUGAUGAAACAGCUGGAGGGCAAGUGGUUCUACAUCGGUGGAGUCAUGCGCCUGCCUGCAUACAAGGAGGCAGCGGGAAUGAUCCAGUCGGCUUAUUUCUAUCUGAAGCCCAACAUCACGGCCAACAACUUCUUCCUGGAAGAAUAUAGCACCGUAGCGGGCAAGUGUAUCUUCAAUUCCACUUACCUCACUGUCUGCAGAGCCAACGGGACCCUAAUGAGGUCAGAUGCAGCGACUGUACACGUGGCCCACCUGGUCCUGCCUCGGACCCCCAAGACCUUCAUGAUGCUCUUCUAUCCAGAGGAGGAGAGGAACAAGGGUCUGGCUUUCUAUGCUGACAGACAACAAGCAACCCAGGAGCAGCUGAAGGAGUUCCUGUCAGCUGUGAAGUGUCUGGGGUUCAGGAAUGAUGAAAUCAUGUACACGGACGGGAGCAAGGAUGCAUGCCAGUUGCUGGAGAAGGCACACAAGAAGAAGGAGAGCGAAGAGAAGGGCCCAAACGAGUCUGAGGAAGAUGAAGAGCCCUAGGCGGUAGUGAUGAAGCCCUUUGAUUUCUCCACUUGGGGACCCCGCAACCUUAUUCUGGUCCCAGAUGCAUCAAUAAAGCCUCCCUG